AUGUCUGUACACUCAAAGAAGUAUUCAAGUACAUCAGGUGAUUCCACAGGAUCACUUGGUAAGAUUUUGAAUUUUUCAAAGUCAAUAGAAAAGGGUGCUUUCGGAGUAUUAUAUACAAUGACAAAAGGAAAUACAUUCCCACGUAUUUUAACAAUUAUAAGUCUUAUUAUUGAAUUCAUUCAAUUAGUAUCGUUUGGUUUCAAAAAGUUCUUUCCAUGGGGUGGCGAUGUAGGACAGUAUGUAUUUUAUCGUGGAAAGAUUGCAAACCUGUGGUUCAUCAGAUCGAUUCGUUGGUUCGUGUCGUUCUCGGUCGCAGUGCUUUAUAUUCCUAUUAUCUCAUUGUUUUUGAUGGGUUUGGAUUGUAAGUCUGGCGAGUUGGAUCGUUUCUCUGGUGUACUUUGCUAUGGCAAUCAGAAUAUAUCGAUUACCAUCUUCUCGAUCAUCUAUAUUAUACUGUUCACAUUGGUGGCAUUCAGCAGUUCUGUUACCUACUAUGAGUUUGAUAGUAAUAUUAAAGAUAGAUUCUCAAAGUCACAUGCUCGUUUUGAUAUUACAGUACUUUUGGUAAAGACUAUUUUUGCAUUCUUUUAUGAACUUCUGACAGAUUAUCCAUGGUUAUUGGCAAUUGUUUAUUUCAUUGGUAUGAUAUGGUGUGUCGGUGGUUCAAUUGUAUUUAUGCCAUAUUCAAAUCAAAGAUUGAAUCAUAUUAAAUCUGGAUUCUAUUCUUCUGUAUUAUGGAUAAGUUUAUGUACAAUCAUUACCUUAAUAGUCAAUGAUAAAACAUCUCCUGCAACAUGUUAUCUUGUUAUUGUUGGUGUGAUUCCUGCAUUUUUUGCUGGUUAUUUUGGUUGCAGAAUGUUUUAUUUAUAUAUAACAUCACAAGUAAAAAAUUUAAUGUAUAAGGAAGGUUCACCAAAUCAAUCUGAUAGAUCAUUGGGAAAUAUUAAUAAUGCUAGUGCAGCCACUGGAAACAAUAGAGUUGUCAAAUUCGAAGAGCACCAAUUGGGUUCAAGACACCAAAUUAAAUUCCCAUUCUUUGAGAAGAAGAUUACGUUUGCAUUCUUUGUUGAGAUUAUGGCUCGUCACAUUUUGAGAAAGCAAGAUCAAGAAUCGAUUGACCGUGCCAACUACCUCUUCCAAGCCGGACUUCAAUACUACCCGGAUUCUUCUUUGGUCUGGAUGGCAUAUGCCAACUUUUUGUUCAGUGUAAGAAAGGAUCGUCACAUCGGAUAUGCAGCUCUCGAGAAACUCAGACGUAUGAAUCCACCGUUCGACAUUAGAUUCUUUAUUUUCCGUCACGACAAGGAACGUGAGCAACUGAUGGAUUCCGAGCUGAGAGGACCGGAGUCUGGAAAAAUCCAAGACUUUGUUUCGUACAUGGAAUUCAAGAAGCUUUAUAUGGGUGCCAGAAAAUAUCACUAUGCAUGCCUGAAUUAUGUUCGUCGUUUCUGGCGUCAUCUUCUCCACGAAACCGUUGACCUACAACGACUGAGCCAACUCUCUGGAAAGAUCGCCGACACCGAAACCAAAGCCACCGACCAAUAUGAAAGACUAUUGAGUUUAAAUCCAUCUUCUGUUAGAGUUAUCAGAGACUAUGCCCAGUUUAUUGAGGAGAUUGUCAAGGAUAAGGAUCGUGCUGUACGUCUCAGAAGAAAAGCCGAUCAAAUAGAAGACAAGAUGAGUAAGAGCAUCUCAACGGAGCAUAUCAAAGUGUUGUCAAUCGAUCAUGAAGAGGAUGACGAUGACGUUAACCAUGUACCCAUUCUCGAUGCCGAUGGAAUACCAAUGGAGCGUUUGGACAUUGAUGAUCCAAUGGCAAGCGCAUCGAAGGAGGAGUCGUCACACCACUCGGAAACAAACUCCUCAGAGUCCAGCAGAAAGGGUCAUAGAUACGAAGCAUUCCAACAGUCAAAUUCCAUUAACAAACUCUCUUGGCUCAUGAUUGGUACAACAGUGCUAUGUAUUAUAUUUACUAUUAUCUGUUUGGUAGUUCUCAGAAAUCAAAUGGUCAACCAACGUAAUUCAUUUGGUGAUAUUCUCUCACUUGGAGAAGCUGCCAUCGAAUCCAAUAACAUUGCAUCCAAUUUUAACAAUAUGCAACAAUAUGCUAUCACUUAUGUAAUCCAAAAGAACAUGGAGGAUAACAAUGGAACAGGUGGCUGGACCGGAGGAUCGACUGGACGUCCAACAACUGGAACUGGAUCACAAACCACUGGAACUGGAUCUCCAACAACCGGAACUGGAUCACCGACCACUGGAACUGGAUCGCCAACAACUGGAACUGGAUCACCAACAACUGGAACUGGAUCACCGACCACUGGAACCGGUUCUUCAACCACUGGCACAUCAACAACUGGAUCCGCAACAACUGAUCAAACUACUACUACCACUACUACAUCUACCACGGAUCCGACAACUACCACUACUACAUCAACUACAGAUCCUACUUUAACCGCUGGUAAUAUUCUCUUUGAAUCUUUAUUGGCAACUUCAAACUCGACUACAGGAACUGGAUCACCGACAACUGGAUCGGCGACAACUGGCUCAGGUAGUACAACUGGUAGACCAGGUGGUAAUGGAGGUGGUGGAGGUGGUGGAGGUGGUGGAAGAGGUCGAUGGAAUGGACCUGGAGGUUUCGGUGGUCUUAAUAUCACUUCUGCCCAAGCACUUGCCAAUUUCACAAUGUUGGUUCAGAGCACUCAGAGAUCAUUGAACAUAUUGGAGAAUAUCCAUCGUGCAGUCUAUUGGGGUGAAACAUCCACAAGCGCAUAUGUAUCCGACAAGAUGGCUCAAAUCAAACGUGAAAGUGGCCUUUCCAACAUCUAUGAUAUUGGUGAUGUUCUAUUUACUUUUGGUCAAUUCAACAAGACCAGACCUGCCAACGACGACAUCCUAGCAGAUCUCUACGAAGAACCAUCCGUUGUUCUUUCCUUAUUUUUAUCAAUUGGAAAUAACAAUCAGCAAUUCCAACCUGGAAAUUGGGGUAAUAGAAAUAAUUCCUGGAAUGGCGGUAAUGGUGGUAAUGGUACUACUGGUGGUGGUAAUGGUGGUAGAAACAAUACCGAAGGUUAUUUAUCAUGGAAGAAUUCAACUACCAGUCAAAUCUACAAUUCCUGGAAAGGUGGAAAUCUUUUUGUUGACAAUGGACGUGCUAUGUUGGGUGCCGAGGGAAACAUUACAUUGUUUGGUUAUACCGCCUAUUACAAUCCUUACUUUAGAUUCGUUUCCGACAAUGGACCAAAAGGUAUCUCGCAAAUGUUCUUUGACCUACAAGAAGCCUAUAUUGUCACCAUGCAAAACAAAGCAGAUAAUCUAUCGCUGGACAUUAUUUAUUUCUGGUUGGCCAUAUUUGUAUUGCUCAUUCUCAUUGGUGUGCUAUUCUUCCGACCGAUCGUAUCGAGAAUCUCGCGAGAGAAAAUCCGUACACUCAUUCUCUUUUCACUGGCACCAAGAGAUCUCGUUUUGAAAAUGUCAAAACAAAAGAUUAAAAUGUUAAAUUUGGACAGUGGAAGCGAUAGAGAUUUAAUGUUUGAUACCGAUGAAGAGACUGCCAUCAUCAAUAAUACACUACGCAAUGAAGAUAAUAACAACAACAACAAUAACAAUAAUAAUAAUGAAAAUGAUGAAGACGUACAAACAACAUCGUCAAGUUCACCAAGAAAAGGUGAUUCCAUUGAAAUUUCAAAGCACUCCAUUCUUUUGGCAACCGGUAGAAAAGAUUCCAUCGCCACAUCCAAAGAUGAUAUCAAACCAUUGAUUCAUCAAUCGACAGGUAAUCUAAAGAAGUCUAACCUUUCCAAAGAGUAUAUCGCUCCCGAACCAAAAGAACAACGUGACACCGAGAUUGAUGUAGCCGCAACAUGGGAUGGUCAAAACAAGCGGAAUAUCAAUAAGAAAACAAUUAGAUCAGUGUUAAAGAGACUGCAUAUAUCCUAUGCAGUAGCUCUAUUCUUAUUGUUUGGAUUCAUCACCAUGGGAUUGUUUAUUUCCUUCGAUAGAAUCUUUGUGGACUAUGACUCUGGAAGUUUUGUUGCCAGAAAUUCAAAGCGUGCGGUCGAUGCCCGUAUUUUGAAUUCUUUGGUCACCAGAAUUCUAUCGCCAAGAUUGAUGAAUGACGGUACUGGCGAAUGGAUGGCAAAUGUCACUGAGGAAUUCCAAUUCAAUCACCAGUCACUCCCAGAUAUUCCAGCGACCCGAUCGCUCAUGGACGGUGCCGAAGAUGAUAGCUACACCUGUUGGAUGGUCAAUACCAGUCAGUGUCGUCCAGCUACCGAUCCUUACUACUCAGAGGUUGUGCGUGGACUGGACUGGAUCGUCGAUACAUUCAUUAUGCAUUCACUCUCGCUGCAGAACACUCAGGCCAACCAGAUACAGUCGAACAACACCGACAUUAUUUGGCUCAACGAGAUCGGAAAGAAAGAGUUGCUCGAUGGACUGGACAGGGCGUCGUUCCUCUACUUCCAAUACUGGCAAGAUAUCCAGCAAACUGCAAUCAAUGUAAUUACCGCUGUGAUGGCAGUGACCGCUGUCAUUCUCCUAUUGAUCUAUCUCUUUGUGUUCAGACCAUUCAUAAACAGACUACGUGUCCAGCAUAUUCAUACGAUGGCUAUGCUAAGACUGGCACCCGAAGCCAUUCAAAACAUGGAAAUCAGUGAUAAAAUUAUUGAUGAGUAG